GUCCGCCUAUUCAAAGCAAUGGUUUCAAAAUACAUAUAAAACACUAAUAAAUUUGUGUAAAUCCUAUCAAAAGGAGGGUGUAUUUAGGUUAUGGAUCGGACCUUUCAAUCCUAUUAUAGUUUUAUUGAAUGCCGAAAAUGUUGAGCACUGGUAGUAAAUGGACAACACAUAGAAAGCUAUUGACUCCGGCGUUUCACUUCAAGAUUUUGGAGAAUUUUUUGCCCACAAUUGCAAACCAACAGAAAAUUAUGUUUUCAUUGAUUGAUAAAGAAAUGGCCGAAAAUGACGGUGUCGUCAAUGAUAUAAGAAAACUGAUUACAAACUACACUCUCGAUGCUAUUUGUGAGACGGCAAUGGGUGUGACUGUGAGCGCACAACUGAACCCAAACUCCGACUACGUUGAGGCCAUUCGCCGCACAUUUGCCGUCUCUAUCCUCAGGUUUAUAAAGAGGUAG